AUGUCUCCAGUUUCUAAGCCAGAGAAGGACGUGGAUAACCCGGACGGGGGUGAGUCUGAACGGAAAGGUACUGCAAACAAGCAAGUUAGCUAGACAAGCGUGAACACGCAGACACGGCUUAGCCAACAAGCUGUCAGCCUACGUUACUGUUAACUAGCGCGCGCUAACAACAAAGCAAGCAACUACUAGAAUGACUAAAUGUAGGUAGCUACGUGCCAUUACAUUAACACCGAAUGUUCAUAAAUUGCAUAAUUACCCACAGUUAGCUGGCCAUUUAGCUACUGUGAUGUUAACAUUCUAUAAUUUAAGACGUACAGUUACUCCGCCGGUACUUUGGCGACUCAGAAAUUAUUUUUUAAACCUCCCGCUUUGGGCUGAAUGUGUAGUUCAUACAUGCAUAAGACAUGAACAGAAUUACUGUUUUAUCUCGAUUAGCCACGAAAUCCCUAUUUUGAAAGUAACUUUUCUCGAAGCUGUGCUGGGCGCCAUUUUCUCUUAAUCCCCCCCCCCCAGCCUCCUAGCAAUUCGAGUUGUAGCCAAUGAGCUUCAGCCCCUCGCAUUUGACAUCUAGCAAGAGGCCUGCCCAGCGUAAUCCAAUGAGGAUGCAGGGCGGGCCCAACACCUCAGUGGAAACAGCAGAGAGGAAGAGAGAGAGCGAUGAUGUGUUGCACAUACUGUAUCUGCAAAUAUGUGUAGGACACCAUUUUCAGGAAUCACUUAUGGCUCCUGAGUGCUACAUUCUACUGGCAAAAAAUUAUACAAAAGUAUCAGAGAAUCUCAUUAAAAGCUGUCUGUCACAUGCCUGUAGGAGAUCAAUGGGAACAACUGGGUUUUGAACUCUCUACUUUCUCUCCCUCUCUUCCCCUCUCUCUCUUCCGCUCCCUCCAUCUCAAUCUCACCCCUCUCUCCAUCUCGCUCUCACCCCUCACUCUUUCCCACUCUCUCUUCUUUUCUCUCUCUCCAGAGGAUGACUGUGGCCUGGCAGUGGGUCGUUCCAGGAGGGAGAAGAAGGAGAAGACAGGGAGGAAGUCAGCUCUGGAGCAACUCAAGAGAGCUAAGAAGGGAGAGAAGGUCAAAUACGAGGUGAGAGAGUUGUGUUUGUUGUCCAUGUCCUGAUCUGACAGGUGUGUUUGUGUCCGCCCCUUUUAAUCUGUGUGUAAGUUAUAGUGUGGGUGUUAUAGCCAAGCCUUGUUUUGAAGUGUGUGUUGAAUCUGUGUGUGCUGUGUGUAGGUGGAGGAUUUGACUAGUGUGUAUGAGGAGGUGGACGAGGAGCAGUACUCUCGGAUGGUGAGAGAGAGGCAGGACGAUGACUGGAUCAUUGAUGAUGGUGAGUUGGUCUGAAAUACUUUCAGACCCUUUCUGCUUCUCAGUCCCAAGUUAUAGCAAGCUCUCUCUCUCUCUCUCAGAUGGCACAGGAUAUGUGGAGGAUGGGAGAGAAAUCUUUGAUGAGGAUUUGGCAGAUGAUGUGUUGGAGAAAGGCGCCAAAGGUAGGAACCCUGUGUGUGUGUGAGAAAGUAAGCCUGUGUGUCUCCCCAGCCUAUUUAUCGUUUGUUUGUAUGUGUGUAGGUAAAGCGGGCGCUAAGGGAGCAGACUCUAAGAAGAACAUUAAGAAGGCAGCGGUGGCCAAACCCAACAGUAUCAAAAACCUCUUCAUGAACAGCAACGUCAAGAAACCUGCUGAGGUGAGUGUUUGUAUUUGUGCACCUGUUUAUCACAAAUCCCUUCCCUUCGUGUGUUUCUCAGCCUCUGUGACCCUAUACAUGCAAUCCAAAACACUACAUAGUGUGUGUUUGUUCUAGUCCAUUUAAUGUCUCUAUUUUGUAGUUGAACCAGGAUUGUGUGUUUUGUGUCUCACAGAAAGAUGUGGACCUGUCCAAAGACGACCUACUGGGGGACAUUCUACAGGACCUGCACUCUGAGGUCAGUCUCUCCUGUCCUGUCAACCUCCAUACCUUCUCACAGCGGGGAAAAACAGUGCAUGUCGACUCACUCAAACAUGAAGUUUACUCAGCUAGUGGUACAACAACGCUUCAGCUAUAAUGUUUUUUGUCAGGUUGCUUUGUAUGGUUUAGUCCAGCUCCUGUAAUUCCCCUCUCUUAAACGAAGUUCAGCUAGAUCAUUUGGUAGAUGCUUAGAUUUCAGCUUGUUUGAUUCUUUUUCACUGAGACAUGGACUCACUGGGGGAGAAUACACUAUCAGUAUGUCUGAGAGUCUCCAUCUGCCACCUCUUUCAGAGGCCGUCUCUCCUGACUCCUCCGGUCGUCACGCUGAAGAAGAAGAAGGCCCCCGGAACUCCCAUGAACCCCUUCUCCAUCAAAACCCAAACCCCUAAGGUACACUUAUUCUCUUUCUCUCUCUCUCUCUCCAUUGAUCCCUGCCCCCUCUUAUAUUCCAUUAAGGUCUAACGUUACUGAGUACACCCCUGGUCUUCUUCCUGUUGUAAUGUGUCCCUUCCCUCCAUCGCAGGAGUCUCCCUCUGCCCAGGGGACAAAGGUGAAACGCCCUCCUCCUGGUGAGCUGACUCCCCGGGUGCCGUCCCGCCCCCCGACCUCCAGACCCUCCGUCCUCGUGGAGAAGAAGAGAGUGAAGGUGGAAGAAAUUGAGGAGGAGGGUAAGAGAUCAGACUAGGAGUUAAUCUAGCACUCGCUGGGCCAGUUUCCUGGACCCAGAUUAAGCCUAGUUCUAGACUAAAAAUAUAAAUUUAAAGUACUUUUUAGUCUAGGACUAGGCUUAAAGGGGCAAUCAGUAGUUGACACAAUGAUAAAGCGGUUUCACAUUUUUACAUUUUAGUCAUUUAGCAGACGCUCUUAUCCAGAGCGACUUACAGUUAGUGAGUGCCUACAUUUUCAUACUGGCCCCCCGUGGGAAAUGAACCCACAACCCUGGCGCAGCAAGCGCCAUGCUCUACCAACUGAGCUACGGGGACUACACCCCUGUUUCGUUAAAAAGCUGAUGGAUGGGGCUUGAGAAAUGUAACCACUCUCAACUCAAAUGUCUUAACUCUAAACUUAAACGACUAAAACCAGGUAUAAAGUAUGUAGAAAAGAUAAUGGAGAUAUUUUAAAAAUAAGAUCAUAUUUGAGUCAGGGAAAAUCUAAAAUAAAUGGCAUGGCAUGGCGCAGCCCGCCAUUGACUUUAUGUUUGAGUCACUUGGAUAGCAUAAGAAAACGGCAUAAGCAAUGCAAAAUGUGUAGAAUUGCAGGAAAUUAGCUUUAAAGGAACUUUCCAUUGUUUCCAGAUUCCUAUGAAAUAUGACCUAUAAUUACUUGCAAUAUGAGUGAAAUAGUUUUCCCUCCAAAAAAUUGUACACUGAACAAAAAUAUAAACGCAACAUGUAAAGUGUUUGUCCCAUGUUUCAUGAGCUCAAAUAAAAUAUCCCAGAAAUGUUCCAUACACACAAAGCUUAUUUCUCUCACUUUUUUUGCACAAAUGUAUUUACACACCUGUUAUUGAGCAUUUCUCCUUUGCCAAGAUAAUCCAUCCACCUGACAGGUGUGGCAUAUCAAGAAGCUGAUUAAACCGCAUGAUCAUUACACAGGUGUACAAUAAAAGACCACUCUAAAAUGUGCAGUUUGGCACACAACACAAUGCCACAGAUGUCUUAAGUUUUGAAGGAGCGUGCAAUUGGCAUGCUAACUGCAAGAAUGUCCACCAGAGCUGUUGCCAGAGAAUUUAAUGUUAAUUUCUCUACCACCUCCAACGUCGUUUAAGAGAAUUUGGCAGUACGUCCAACCGACUACACAACCGCAGACCACGUGUAACCACGCCAGCCCAGGACCUCCACAUCCGGCUUCUUUACCUGCAGGUAAAGGGUCGUCUGAGACCAGCCACCCGGACAGCUGAUGAAACUGUGGGUUUGCACAACCGAAUAAUUUCUGCACAAACUGUCAGAAACUGUCUGAGGGAAGCUCAUCGGCGUGCUCGUAGUCCUCACCGGGGUCUUGACCUGACUGCAGUUCUGCGUCGUAACCGGCUUCAGUGGGCAAAUGCUCACCUUCAAUGGCCAAUGGCACGCUGGAGAAGUGUGCUCUUCACAGAUGAAUCCCGGUUUCAACUGUACUUGGCAGAUGGCAGACAGUGUAUAAAGCGUUGUGUGAGUGAGCAGUUUGCUGAUGUCAACGUUGUGAACAGAGUGCCCCAUGGUGGCGGUGGGGUUAUGGUAUGGACAGGCAUAAGCUACGGACAACAAACACAAUUGCAUUCAAAUCGGUCAAUUUGAAUGCACAGAGAUACCGUGACGAGAUCCUGCGGUCCAUUGUCGUGCCAUUCAUCCGCUGCCAUGUCGCAAGGAUCUGUACACAAUUCUUGGACGCAGAAACUGUCCCAGUUCUUCCAUGGCCUGCAUAAUCACCAUACAUGUCACCCAUUGAGCAUGUUUGGGAUGCUCUGGAUUGAUGUGUAAGACAGCGUGUUCCAGUUCCCGACAGUAUCCAACAGCUUUGCACAGACAUUGAAGAGGAGUGGGACAACAUUCCACGGGCCACAAUCAACAGCUUGAUCAACUCUAUACGAAGGAGAUGUGUUGCGCUGCAUGAGGCAAAUGGUGGUCACACCAUUACAUUUACAUUACAUUUACGUCAUUUAGCAGACGCUCUUAUCCAGAGCGACUUACAAAUUGGUGCAUUCACCUUAUAGCCAGUGGGAUAACCACUUUACAAUAUGUUUAUUUUUUUCUUUCUUUGGGGUGGGGUAAGGGGGGGUAGAAGGAUUACUUUAUCCUAUCCCAGGUAUUCCUUAAAGAGGUGGGGUUUCAAGUGUCUCCGGAAGGUGGUGAGUGACUCCGCUGUCCUGGCUUCGUGAGGGAGCUUGUUCCACCAUUGGGGUGCCAGAGCAGCGAGCAGUUUUGACUGGGCUGAGCGGGAACUGUGCUUCCACAGAGGUAGGGGGGCCAGCAGGCCAGAGGUGGAUGAACGCAAUGCCCUCGUUUGGGUGUAGGGACUGAUCAGAGCCUGAAGGUACGGAGGUGCCGUUCCCCUCACAGCUCCGUAGGCAAGCACCAUGGUCUUGUAGCAGAUGCGAGCUUCAACUAGAAGCCAGUGGAGUGUGCGGAGGAGCGGGGUGACGUGAGAGAACUUGGGAAGGUUGAACACCCGACGGGCUGCAGCGUUCUGGAUGAGUUGUAGGGGUUUAAUGGCACAGGCAGGGAGCCCAGCCAACAGCGAGUUGCAGUAAUCCAGAAGGGAGAUGACAAGUGCCUGGAUUAGGACCUGUGCCGCUUCCUGUGUAAGGCAGGGUCGUACUCUGCGAAUGUUGUAGAGCAUGAACCUACAGGAUCGGGUCACCGCCUUGAUGUUAGCGGAGAACGACAGGGUGUUGUCCAGGGUCAUGCCAAGGCUCUUCGCACUCUGGGAGGAGGACACAAUGGAGUUGUCAACCGUGAUGGCGAGAUCAUGGAACGGGCAGUCCUUCCCCGGGAGGAAGAGCAGCUCUGUCUUGCCGAGGUUCAGCUUGAGGUGGUGAUCCGUCAUCCACACUGAUAUGUCUGCCAGACAUGCAGAGAUGCGAUUCGCCACCUGGUUAUCAGAAGGGGGAAAGGAGAAGAUUAAUUGUGUGUCGUCUGCGUAGCAAUGAUAGGAGAGGCCAUGUGAGGAUAUGACAAAGCCAAGUGACUUGGUGUAUAGCGAGUGACUUGGUGUAUAGGUGUAUAGCGUAGCGAGAAUAGGAGAGGGCCUAGAACUGAGCCCUGGGGGACACCAGUGGUGAGAGCACGUGGUGCGGAGACAGAUUCUCGCCACGCCACCUGGUAGGAGCAACCUGUCAGGUCAGAUACUGACUGGUUUUCUGAUCCACGCCCCUACCUUUAAAAAAAAAAAGUCUGUGACCAACCAAUGCAUAUCUGUAUUCCCAGUCAUGUGAAAUUCAUAGAUAAGGCCUAAUUUAUUUAUUUCAAUUGACUGAUUUCCUUAUAUGAACUGUAACUCAGUAAAAUAUUUGAAAUUGUUCCAUGUUGCGUUUAUAUUUUUGUUCAGUUUAAGUAUGUUAAAAAGCAGAUUUUCUGUGUUUGAAUGGUAUGGGCGUACCCCUAUAACAGAAUACCGGUCAUUGAAAAUAUUAAUAUGAGUAUACCGCUUAUUGGCCAGCUCAUCCUCUUCUAGACCGCUGAUUCGCCAGCUCAUUCUCCUCAGGAAUAUGACAUCAUACUCUAUAAGGAAAUAGCAAGCAUUGAAAUGGUCUGUUUUAAGAUACAAGUUUGAGGUGGGGUUUUUGAAGUGUUUUUUUUUUUCUCCAAUUUAUGCUUUGGCCACAUACGAGUAUAGGACGAGUCAACAACAUUAUUUGGGUUUGAGUUAACAGAAUAUGAACUUUUAAAAGUGAGAUUUUCACUGGACAGUUACUUUAAAACUGCAAAUUUUUUUCUCAGCCCCAUGGCAAAAUGUGUAGAAUUGUAGGAAAAUAGCUUUAAACAGCAAAAUUGUCUCUGCAGCCAAGAGGAGGGCCUCUAAAAUGUUCAGUCGGAGAGUGCACCAUUGGCCACCCAAACUAUCCUAGGGGAAACACUGCCUUUUCCCCAAUGGCUGUCAGUCUGACCAGCUAAUUUCAAUUUCAAUUUAAGGGCUUUAUUGGCAUGGGAAACGUAUGUAGAUAUUAAACAAAAGUGAAAUAAACAAUAAAUAUUAACAGUAAACAUUACAAGUGUGCACAUAGCCUGUCUUCUCUUGAGAGCCAGGUCUGCCUACGUUUCAAAUGUAAUUAUGUAUAUAUACAGUGUUUUAUCAAUGUGCAAAUAGUUAAAGUACAAAUGGGAAAAUAAAUAAACAUAAUUAUGGGUUGUAUUUACAAUGGUGUUUGUUCUUCACUGGUUGCCCUUUUCUUGUGGCAACAGGUCACAAAUCUUGCUGCUGUGAUGGCACACUGGUUUUUCACCCAGUAGAUAAGGGAGUUUAUCAAAAUUGGGUUUGUUUUCGAAUUCUUUGUGGAUCUGUGUAAUCUGAGGGAAAUAUGUCUCUCUAAUAUGGUCAUACAUUUGACAGGAGGUUAGGAAGUGCAGCUCAGUUUCCACCUCGGUUUGUGGGCAGUGUGCACAUAGCCGGUCUUUUCUUGAGAGCCAUGUCUGCCUACAGCGGCCUUUCUCAAUAGCAAGGCUAUGCUCACUGAGUCUGUACAUAGUCAAAGCUUUCCCUAAGUUUGGGUCAGUCACAGUGGUCAGGUAUUCUGCCACUGUGUACUCUCUGUUUAGGGCCAAAUAGCAUUCCAGUUUGCUCUGUUUUUUUGUUAAUUGUUUCCAAUGUGUCAAGUAAUUCUCUUUUUGUUUUCUCAUGAUUUGGUUGGGUCUCAAUCUCCCAUCCCCUCUCUUCCAGAGGACAACUCUCUGCAGUUUGACGGGGUGGACUUUGACGAACCCAUGGAGGUGGGGCUUGAACAGGAAAAGGAGGGCCCUGUAAAUGAAGAGGAGGAGCCAGAGACCAAACCGGCCAUUAAAGUGGAACCCAAAGCAGAACCACAGGACCCGGUCCUACUGUGAGUGUGUGUCUGCUUGCUUGUCUUCUGUUAGUGGUUCUACCAUAGACUUAGCUAGACAUGGCAUCAUUGUAUCUGUCCAUUAUGGUGUCUGUGAGAGCACAGGCAGUGCCAUUGAGGCCAUCUCCAUUUUCAAGUAGUCCAUUUUCUUCUACUACUUUUAUGAGUUGGCAAACAAUUUGAAAGGGUGCAUACUGUUUGAACAUGUAUAAAGCCAUCGUUGGUGAUUCACUGUCACCUGCAGUUAUGGAAUGUUUGCUCACAUAUAAUUAAUUGGCUGAUCCCUCCUGGUGACCUGGAUGGAAUUGUGUUAUCCUUCCUUAAACCAUAGGAAGUCCCACCAAGUUGACAACUUAAAAAUGGUGAAAGUCCACAAUGGCACUGCCAAUGCUGAAAUAGGCUUUUGGGCACUAGAGUUUUCUGUCUCUGUGGGUUAUGCUAUGAGUCAUGGCCAAAUACCUUUGUGUGUGUUUACAUUAGCGACCGUUGGAUCAUGGGAACCUUUUUAACCCCUCUGUCCUGUUUCUCCAGGAGGGGCGUGCUGGGGGGGUCUUGGGGUCAGGAGGAGGGGGACAGUGAGGCCCCUGUGGAGGUGCAAGUCGACACCAGCCGUCUCCCAUUGGUCGAGGGGCCAGAGGGAGAGCUCAUGUUCCGCUUCUAUUGGCUAGACGCCUUCGAGGAGCAGUACAGCCAACCAGGUGAGUUCUUACCAAACCAAUAGACUAGUACAGCCAACCAGGUGAGUUCUUACCAAACCAAUAGACUAGUACAGCCAACCAGGUGAGUUCUUACCAAACCAAUAGACUAGUACAGCCAACCAGGUGAGUUCUUACCAAACCAAUAGACUAGUACAGCCAACCAGGUGAGUUCUUACCAAACGAAUAGACUAGUACAGCCAACCAGGUGUGUUCUUACCAAACCAAUAGACUAGUACAGCCAACCAGGUGUGUUCUUACCAAACCAAUAGACUAGUACAGCCAACCAGGUGAGUUCUUACCAAACCAAUAGACUAGUACAGCCAACCAGGUGAGUUCUUACCAAACCAAUAGACUAGUACAGCCAACCAGGUGAGUUCUUACCAAACCAAUAGACUAGUACAGCCAACAAGGUGAGUUCUUACCAAACCAUAGACUAGUACAGCCAACCAGGUGAGUUCUUACCAAACCAAUAGACUAGUACAGCCAACCAGGUGAGUUCUUACCAAACCAAUAGACUAGUACAGCCAACCAGGUGAGUUCUUACCAAACCAAUAGACUAGUACAGCCAACAAGGUGAGUUCUUACCAAAACCAAUAGACUAGUACAGCAACCAGGUGUGUUCUUACCAAACCAAUAGACUAGUACAGCCAACCAGGUGAGUUCUUACCAAACCAAUAGACUAGUACAGCCAACCAGGUGAGUUCUUACCAAACCAAUAGACUAGUACAGCCAACCAGGUGUGUUCUUACCAAACCAAUAGACUAGUACAGCCAACCAGGUGUGUUCUUACCAAACCAAUAGACUAGUACAGCCAAACAGGUGUGUUCUUACUAAACCCAUAGACCAGUGCAGCCAACCGAGUUCGUAUUACCAAUCAGAUGUCCAGGAAUCCUCACUAAAACAGCCAAGCAAGUGAGCCCUUCCUAAACAAAGAUGUGGCUAAACAUGUUAAGAUGUGUGCGUGUGGUAAUUUUAUGGUUAUGUAAUGUGUGUAUUCCAGGUGUGGUGUACCUAUUUGGUAAGGUGUGGAUCGAGUCGGCCAAGGCCCACGUCAGCUGCUGUGUGUCAGUGAAGAACAUCGAGAGGACCAUGCACUUCCUGCCCCGCGAACGUGUGAGUCCUGUUUCCUGUCACAUGAUCAUCUACUCCAGAAUAGCCACAUUUUCACACCAUGUUAGACUAUUGGGAUCAACUGUGACCCAAACUGGCUCUGAUGAGCUUUAUUAGGGAAGGUUGAAGUUUCCACUUAAUGCUGUCUUGAGUGUUUAGGGAUUGCUCUCCUGAUUGGUUGUGUGUUGUGAUUGACAGAAGGUGAACCCAAAGACAGGCGAGGAGACAGACACUCCGGUGGGGAUGAUGGACGUCUACCAGGAGGUCAAUAACCUCUCUGAGAAGUUCAAGAUCAUGAAGUUCAAGUCCAAGGUCUGUGUGCCGUCUCCCCUAGGACCAGAUAGAGAAGGAUUAGACUUACAGAAUGUCAUAGCAGAGACCAGGAAGUAGCCGACACAUGGGAACCAAUGGUUUCAUUUCAUGACGUCCUUAACAUGUUUAUUAUAGACACAUUGAUUGAUUGAUUGAUUGAUUGAUUAGUUGAUAGACUGACUGCUCUCUGUUUCCCUCUGUAGAAAGUGGAGAAGAGCUACGCCUUUGAGAUUGCUGACGUCCCUACAGAGUCCGAGUACCUGGAAGUCAGAUACUCUGUGAGUAUUCUCGCUCGGGCUCUCUCUCUCUCUCUCUCUCUCUCUCUCUCUCUCUCUCUCUCUCUCUCUCGUAUAUCUUAUCCAUUGUUAUUAUAUUUUUUUGUGCAGGCUGAGUAUCCGUCUCUGCCCUCGGACCUCAAGGGGGCGACUUUCUCCAAGGUGUUUGGAACCAACACCUCCAGCCUGGAACACUUCCUCCUCAGCAGGAAGAUCAAAGGACCCUGCUGGCUGGACAUCAAAACCCCACGUGAGACUACACACACACACAAACGCUCUCAGAGACACACAGAUGCGCACACACCCACACUCACACAAACAAGCAACACACACACCUCUAACACACUAACCCUCUCUCCUGUCUCCCUGUAGAGUUGAGCAGCGUGCCUGUGAGCUGGUGUAAGGUGGAAGCGGUGGCGAUGCGUAGUGACCUGGUCACCGUGGUCAAAGACCUGCCUCCUCCACCUCUCACGGUCAUGUCCAUCAGCCUGAAGACUGUACAGAACCCCAAGACACACCACAACGAGGUCUGUCUCUCUGUCUGUCAUAGGUUUAGAUCAGGGGUUUUAAACCUUCUCUUGCCCAGGGACCCCCUCCCCAGCAAACCGGCGAGCCAUAGACCCCCAUCAUACCGUAACCAAAAAAUAAAUAUAACAUCUUAUCAGGUGAAUGAUAAUGGCAAGGACAAGUAAUCAACAUUUGAAAAUGAAUAGAGUUGGUAGAUAGUUUUUCAUUAUAUUGACCUCCCUACAUUAUAAUUGGAAGAGGAAGUGUAAACUCUAGCAUAGCCUGUUAGCUAGAAAGGUAACUCCAAACACAUUUUCGCUAAGAGCAGCUGUUUAGCUGGUUAAACAAAUGUCAGACGUUUUGAAAAAAUGUAUGUCCAAGUCAAGAAAGCUUACUUGCCGCACUGGUAGUCUAUUCGCGGCUGCUUUUUCAAAGCCUGUCAGAUACUCCAGUGAGUUUAAUUGACUCAAUAUUUGGAGUUGAGAAAUGAAGUUGACAUCAUUAGAAAGAAGAUAUUCUCUUAUUUUCUACUGUAGCUACACUACCAGUCAAAAGUUUUAGAACACCUACUCAUUCAAGGGUUUUUCUUUAUUUUUUACGGUUUUCUACAUUGUAGAAUAAUAGUGAAGACAUCAAAACUAUGAAAUAACACUUAUGGAAUCAUGUAUUAACCAAAAAAGUGUUAAACAAAUCAGAAUAUAGUUUAUAUUUGAGAUUCUUCAAAGUAGCCACCCUUUGCCUUGAUGACAGCUUUGCACACUCUAAAACUUUUGACCGGUAGUAUAUGUAAUUCAAAAUGUGUUUAUUCUGUUAAAUAUAUAUUUUCGCGGACCCCCUACAGUACCUUGGGGCCGCGAACCCCCGGUUGAACACCCCUUAUUUAGAUAGGUUAACGGCAGCACAACACUCUCCCCAACCCCAGCACUCUGGAUAUUGCAUCACAGCAGUUUUUAGUCCAGGUGGAACUAACAAGUGGAACAAGUACCCUUUAACUAACCCAUAGAAUUAAAAUUCCAAGAACACAUUCCCAUUCAGACACUAGAACAGACAUUCCCAUUCUAUGAGAUUGACAUGGUCUGAAGCGAGAAUGUUCCCAUUCAAUGAGUUAUAUUGCUACACUCACUGUGAGUAAUCUAGUAAAUUACUAAUUCUAUGAUUCCCUUGAACAAUGGGCCCCAUCUCUUAUCAAAUCAAUCAGCCCAUAGAUAGAUAAUGCACAUUCCAAUCAAAAUGGAUAGUGGAUGUUAUGGCAUGAAGUAAAACACACUGUAGGUCUGGUAGGGAUUGUUUGUGAUGGUGGUAGAAACUCUGUUACUGCAACGUUUUCUGUGAUCUGAUGGCCUGUUAUGUUAGCUUUGGUUAUACCCUCUCUGUGGCACCACAGCCAUUACCUCUGUGUUUGCAUGUUAUUGUUCAAAUUUUCCAGCCACUGAGCCGCAAAUGGGCUGAAAAGCCACGGUUACACAUUAACCCUUCAUAUCUGAAGAGUCUGGACAAAACAACAGGCCCUAGACUUUGACUUAUCCCCCCCCCCCCCCCCCCUCUCCAGGGUUCACAUAAGGUGCUUAAAGUACUUGAAUUUGACACUCUGAAAUUCAAGUACUGGAAUACCUUGAAAAUCAGACAUUUUCUCAAGUUAGUACUUGAAUUAAAAUGAGGAGAAUUAUCAAAUAUGUUUAUGAAAAAUAUUAGAAAAAUGUAUUGGCCUUCCGAAUUCAUUUCCAGGCAGACAGACUAGAGUUUUAUUUCCUCACGUGUUUCGUGCUGUGGUUGCCAGGCGAGCUCGCUCAUUCCACCCACACUGCCACUCAGCCAGGCAGGUUCAGAACUGACUGAUUAGGCGCCGCCAAACAUCACAUCGAUGGCUAAAAUGCCAGGCAAAUGUAGAUUCAACCUGCCUUUUGUGCGUAUGAAACAUUUCUGGGAACUUUUAUUUCAGCUCAUGAAACAUGGGACACUUUACAUGUUGCGUUUUAUAUUUUUGAUGAGUAUAGCUUACUCACCUUUUUUUACCACUACAUCACUGGACCCAACCCAUGCCCACACCGUGUAAGUUGCAAAAAAUGCUUCAGAGUUUGACAUUGCGAGCAUGGGUGAAUCGGCCCUGAAGAGCCACAUGAAGGGGAAAGACACAACGCUGCAUCCUGCGCUGGCGCCAGUUCUACAUUUAUGUGACUUUCUCUGCAACAACCUCCAGACCUUUUUUUUGCCAAUUGUCUCAUUCACGGGGCGCCCGCGAUAUUCCGCUUUAUCAAGCGGCAACCGUGCUCCUGCCUUUCAGGUGGCCGUUCACGUGCCGUUUUCCUCACACAUCCCACCCGCCCUUCUCCCGACCGACGACACUAAAGCUGCCAGUCAGAAGCAAGACACUUUUUCGUAGCUAUUAAGUAGUCUAUUCCCAAAUGCCCAAUAAAAACAGUAAUUAAGCUGGAGUUGUAUAGUAAUGCGAAUAGGAAAUGUGUGUUCACCAGUAGGCAUGUCCCAAAACUCUGCUCAUCACUACUCAAAUUACAAAAUCAUCAUUACUGACUUACGACUCAUGUAUGUAGUAAAUAAGUAGUGAAACAAUAUAUUAGAGUAGAACUUGUAAGGUACUGAUGAAUAUUACGUUUUUAUUUCUCUGUCUGUGUGGUGUGAUUGUGUGUGAUACUGACUCGGACUCAUUAGACGGCUAUUCUUCUUAGAUCGAAACAGUUCAAAAUAAUUACGGCGAUGCAACUGGACUGAACCUUACCUAUUAUUUCCUGCUUCCUGUCCGUCCCUAGAUUGUGUCCCUGGCUGCCCUGGUCCACCACAGGUUCCACCUGGACAAGGCCCCCCCUCGACCCCCCUACCAGACACACUUCUGUGGUGAGUUGGCAUCAAAACCUGCAAGGGAGGAGAGGAAGGAUGUUGUAGCUUUGUUCGCUGUCUCAAAUGUUUGCUGACUCAGUGUUCUGUCCUGUGUGUGUGUGUGUGUGUGUGUGUGUGUGUGUGUGUGUGUUUUAGUGGUCAGUAAACCCAACGACUGUAUCUUCCCAUAUGACUUCAUGGAUGCCGUGAAGAAGAAGAAGGUGAGUGAUGACAGAACAACAACACACUGGUUUCUCUGAAAUCCUGUCCAUUAGCAGGUGAAGAGUCAGAGCCCUGUUGAAAUACUUAGAAAUGCUUCCCCCUCCUCCUCUGACUUGAUCACUGACCCCCCCCUUUCUCUUCUCUAUCUCACCCUCUUUGUCAGAAUGGUAAGGUGGAGAUAGCAGCCACUGAGAGAACUCUGCUGGGAUUCUUCCUGGCCAAGAUGCACAAGAUCGACCCUGAUGUUGUGGUGGUGAGUAGGACGGGAAACUACCGUAUUUUCCGCACUAUAAGGCGCACUUAAAAGCCUUUAAUUUUCUCAAAAAACGACAGUGCGCCUUAUAAUCCGGAGCGCCUUAUAUAUGGAUCAAUUGGUUAAUUGGUUGAUCCAUACUGGUUGUACACGGCGCUCAAUGCGCUCUGUCAAAAUGUUUCAGUAUGAAAAACCAAUAAAACCAAUUUUAAUAAUAAUGAAAUGUUUCAGUACGACUGGUAAACUACAAAGCCGCACCGCUUGCAGCAUUACGGCUACCGUAGUCAGUAAACACCGGUACUGUGCUUACUCACAGUCCCACACCACUUGUGUGUGUGUAUAAAGACCCCAAAAUGGCACCUUUCAAGAGACACGCCUACGCAGUAGAAUAUGGGAAUAGAGCAACAGCGAGAGAAUUCAACAUUAAUGAAUCAAUGGUACGGAAGUGGAGGAAGCAAGAAGAUGACCUGCGCCAAGUAAAGAAGACUAAACAGAGUUUCCGUUCAAUUCGGACACUGAAGAAGAAGAAUUUGAGGGAUUCGUGGACGGGGAAAGCUUUACGUGUUAUACGUAACUGAACAAUGUUGAGUUAUGCACUAACGUUUGAUUUAGUGGUAUCAGACUGUUUCUUUUACUACGUGUUUACUGAAUCAGGGAAAAGUUCCCCUCCACGUUUGGGAGAAGAGUGAGCAAGGCUGGGAGAUAUUGUUAAUAUGCACAUUAACGUUUGAACAACGUUACCAUGGGAGUGAACGGAGUUGUCAGAACGCUUAAUAAAGUUUGACUUUAUCUGACUGUUUUGUUGACAUUCCCUUUAGCACAGCUCCAUCUAGUGGAUGCAUAACGCAACCCCAGUCAAACGUUUGACUUCAGUAUUUUCUAUUCUAUGUGCCUUAUAAUCCGGUGCGCCCUAUAUAUGAAAACAGUUCUAAAAUAGGCCAUUCAUUGAAGGUGCGCCUUAUAAUCCGGUGCGCCUUAUAGUGCGGAAAAUACGGUACAUACCAGCUACUUAUGAGUGACAAGCUACAUAGCAGAACCAUAAAGCUACAGACCAGCUUCAUAUGAGAUUCUUAUGAGUGACUUAAUAAGCUAAUUGAAAAUAUAAGCUGCGUAGGAGCUACUUUGAUGUCAUUUUCAUACAGUGUAUUCGGAAAGUAUUCAGACCCCUUGAUGUUUUCCAAAUGUUGUAAUGUUACAGCCUAAAUAGUUUUCCCCCCUCAUCAAUCUACACACAAUACCCCAUAAUGACAAAGCAAAAACAUGUUUUUAGAAUUUUUUGCAAAUGUAUCAAAAAAUAAAAAACUGUAAUCACUUUUACGUGAGUAUUCAGACCCUUUACUCAGUACCUUGUUGAAGCACCUUUGGCAGCGAUUACAGUCUCAAGUCUUCACACCUGUAUUUGGGGAGUUUCUCCCAUUCUUCUCUGCAAAUCCUCUCAUGCUCUGUCAGGUUGGAAGGGGAGUUUUGCUGCACAGCUAUUGUCAGUUCUCUCCAGAGAUGUUUGAUCGGGUUCAAGUCCGGGCUCUAGCUGGGCCACUCAAGGACAUUCAGAGACUUGUCCCGAAGCCACUCCUGCGUUGUCUUGGCUGUGUGCUUAGGGUCAUUGUCCUAUUGGAAGGUGAACCUUUGCCCCAGUCUGAGGUCCUGAGCGCUCUGGAGCAGGUUUUCAUCAAGGAUCUCUCUGUACUUUGCUUCGUUCAUCUUUCUCUCAAUCCUGACUAGUCUCCUAGUCCCUGCUGCUGAAACCAUGCUUCACUGUAGGAAUGGUGCCAGGUUUCCUCCAGACGUGACACUUGGCAUUCAAGCCAAAGAGUUCAAUCUUGGUUUCAUCAGACCGGAUAAUCUUGCUUCUCAUGGUCUGAGUCCUUUAAGUGCCUUUUGGCAAACUCCAAGCAGGCUGUCAUGUGCCUUUUACUGAGGAGUGGCUUCCGUCUGGCCACUCUACCAUAAAGGCCUGAUUGGUGGAGUGAUGCAGAGAUGGUUGUCCUUCUGGAAGGUUCUCCCAUCUCCACAGAGGAGCUCUGUCAGAGUGACCAUUGGGUUCUUGGUCACCUCCCUGACCAAGGCGCUUCUCCCCCGAUUGCACAGUUUGGCCGGGCGGCCAGCUCUAGGAAGAGUCUUGGUGGUUCCAAUCUUCUUCCAUUUAAGAACCAUGAAGGCCACUGUGUUCUUGGGGAAAUUCAAUGCUGCAGAAAUGUUUUGGUACCCUACCCCAGAUCUGUGCCUCGACACAAUCCUGUCUCGGAGAUCUAUGGACAAGUCCUUCGACCUCAUGGCUUGGUUUUUGCUCUGACAUGCUCUCUCAACUGUGGGACCUUAUAUAGACAGGUGUGUGCCUUUCCAAAUAAUGUCCAAUCAAUUGAGUUUACCACAGGUGGACUCCAAUCAAGUUGUAGAAACAUCUCAAGGAUGAUGAAUGGAGCUCAAUUUCGAGUCUCAUAGCAAAGGGUCUGAAUACUUAUGUAAAUAAGUUUAUUUUUUAUAAAAUUGCAAAAAUGUCAAAAACGGUUUUCGCUUUGUCAUUAUGGGGUAUUGUGUGUAGAUAGAGGGGGGGGGGGAAAUGAUUUAAUCCAUUUUAGAAUAAGGCUGUAACGUAACUGUGGAAUGAAUUAUUUCCGAAUGCACUGUAUAUUACGUCUAUGUUUACACCUCAGCUGACCUCACUUCUCAUCUACUUCCUGUAGGGUCAUGAUAUCUUUGGCUUUGACCUGGAAGUGCUCCUCCAGAGGAUCACUGUGUGUAAGGUCCCCCACUGGUCCAAGAUCGGACGCCUCAAGAGGUCCAACAUGCCCAAACUAGGGGUGAGUACCAGGGACUCGAAUCCGGGUCCUCAGAGCUACUCAAGACCAUGUUAGCCCACUGAGCUAAAGCCUCCUUCAUUAUGCUUGCACAUGUCACACUCCUUUGCGGUGGCUUUGGUCUGUAUCUAGGCCUAGAGCAAAGGAUAAUGGAGGUUAGAGUGGGUGUUAAUGGUCUUCCUCUCUGGUUCCUGUGCUGCGUAGGGUCGCGGUGGCUUUGCAGAGAAGAGCGCCACCUGUGGUCGUCUGGUGUGUGACGUGGAGAUCUCGGCCAAGGAGCUGAUUCGCUGUAAGAGCUACCACCUGACUGAGCUGGCUGCUCAGGUGCUGAAGACUGAGAGAGCCACCAUACCUGCUGAGAACAUCAAAAACCUCUACAGGUGUGUGUGUGUGCGCCUCUCCAUAUGAGUGCUUGGUCCCACAAAAAAAAAUCUUAAAUUCAGUUGUAAAGGUCCUGGUGUGUGUCUGUCCCUCCCUUAGUGACUCCCCCCACCUGUUGUACCUGUUGGAGUUGACGUGGACGGAUGCCAAGCUGAUCCUCCAGAUCAUGUGUGAGCUCAACGUGCUUCCUCUCGCCCUGCAGAUCACCAACAUAGCAGGCAAUGUACUGGUGAGAGAGACGCGCGCACCAUUGAAUGAAAUGCAGAGUAAUUCUUAACACAUGCCCUCUCCCCUUUCCCUGUCUCUUACCUUUCCUCUCCUCCCUCUCUCUAGUCUCGUACUCUGAUGGGGGGUCGUUCUGAGAGGAAUGAGUAUCUACUGCUCCAUGCCUUCCAUGACAAGAACUACAUCGUACCUGACAAACCCUCCUUCAAGAAGGCCCAACAAGAACUGGUACACACACACACACACACACACACUUACACUUGCAUGAGGCCAAUGCCAGACCCUUGAUUUUGUUUCCUUUGUGUGGUAGCCAGAACCAGGGUAGAGAACUGCACUAAACUAAAGUCUAAACACACACACGGUUUUAGGGAUUUUGAGGUCUGGCGUAUUCAGGUUUUUGCACUAAAAGGAACAGGAAGCCUACCAAUGUAAUAAAAUAUUUAGAUUUGCCUAUCAUCACUCACUCACUGUAUGGACCUACUGCAAGAUGGACAUUCUACAUUUCUCUCUUACGUUCACCUCUCCUUUUCUCACUUUCUCUGUUUCUCUCAAAAUUUUUCUCGCUCCAUCUCACUUUCUCCGUUUUACUUUCUCUCGUGUUCCCUCGCUCAGGCAGAGGGAGAGGAGGAGGUGGAUUCGGGGAAAGGCAAGAGUAGAAGAAAGAAAGCAGCAUACGCAGGUGGACUGGUACUGGACCCCAAAGUGGGUGAGUCUUGGGGGUUGAAUAUGCGCAUUACAAAAUCUCUCAAGUUUCUAUUAUGAUUUUGUAACAUUCUGUGUGAAUUUCGCCCCAAAAUGUCCAUGCUGUAACAUAAGUAAUAUGUGGGGAAGUUCUCCUGUCCCUACCUUAAGUGUUGUCUAUACACGUCAUCAUUAGUACUGUAGCAGGGAUUGGAUUGUUUUGAAUUGUUUUUGACAUUCCCAGAAAUGUAACCACCCUCCCAAAUAAAAUGGUAUUUGUUUGAGGCUACUGUACUCGCUUCCUGCAUACUGUCAGAAGUGUGUUUCAUAAAACGGAUAGUUCUGCUAGGUUUCACAUUGAACAAAGUGUAUGUAGUAACUAUUGGUUUUUACACAGAUUUUUUAAAUAUGAAUCAUACUAUGUACAAAAUAUUUACAACAACAAAAUAAUGACAGACGUGUGUCUCUAUGAAAUACCCUGCUCAUCAGAAUGCACCCUAGAGUAAGACAUUCACCGAAGCAAAGAAUUCUGAGUGGCACCAAAAUGUAUUUUGAUGAAAUGGUCUGUGUGCAGUAACUCCUAUUCACUCCCCAUAGGUUUCUAUGAUAAGUUUGUGUUGCUGCUGGACUUCAACAGUCUGUACCCCUCCAUCAUCCAGGAGUUCAACAUCUGCUUCACCACCGUACAGAGAGAGGCCCACAGCAGACGCAAGAAGACUGAGGUGUGUGUCUUUGUCAGAGAGAGACUCACUUUGUGUGUGUGUGUUAUUUGAACAGUACCAUUUCUUGUUUCCGUGCCAAAAGGAGGAGGACCCUGAUGAGAUUCCAGAGGUCCCGGACCCAGACCUGGAGAUGGGAAUUCUGCCCAAAGAGAUCCGCAAACUGGUGGAACGACGUAAACAAGUGAAACAGCUGAUGAAAGCACAAGACAUCAACCCUGACCUUUACCUGCAGGUACAUGCAUAACGACUUCUGCAGUCAGGUUUCUCUGUUGUGAUUUCAGUUUCAGAAACCCCUGACUUGUUACUCUUAACCCAGACCACACUUGCUUGAAGCUGAAAUGCGUAGGUGGUGGCUUUUCUUGAAUAACACAGGACUAUUUGGGAACUUUUUUGCUUUUCUCUAAAUCUCUCUCUCUCUCUCUGUGUGCAGUAUGACAUCCGUCAGAAGGCUCUGAAGCUGACAGCUAACAGUAUGUAUGGCUGUCUGGGCUUUAGCUUCAGCCGCUUCUACGCCAAGCCACUGGCCGCGCUCGUCACACACAAGGGCAGAGAGGUGAGUUACGUACUGCUGGGUAUACUGUAGAUGUGAACGACUGGUCAAGUAUGAAUGCUGGAGCAAAUCCCACUAGAGGGCAGUCCAAGACCAGCCUCACACACACCACUACUCUUUCUUCCAUGUUUUUUUCUUCUAUUGAUAAUCCCUUUUUUAUUUUUAGCCUUGACAAAUGUAAUGUAUGAUUCUGAAUACAUUUAGUAAAUCUUGUUUGUUAGUCGUCUGUGGUUGGACUGUGAGGUAGCAACAGUGUCUGUACUUUUCCCUCUUAGCCUUAGGGACAGGAGGGGAUGCUGAAGCAUGACACAGUGACAUAAUGUUCUAAUUUUAGUUAGGGGUUUACCUGUAGCUGAACGCCACACACACCACCUCAGCUCUAACAGUACCCACACCUACCUCAGUGGUGUUCCAGUGAUCCUCAGGCAGCUGUUUAUUGUGAUUCUCUUACAGCGGCAUUGUGUUCCCUAAUAGAGGUCAGUGCUUGUGUGUGUGUGAGACUGUCUGUUUUUGGUGCAGCUCUGUGAGAGUGCGUGACUGAUACCAUCAUUAACAGGUGUGCCAUAUCUGUAGCCCUGAGCCUUGGGUUUGGGCUUAGCCCAGCUUAAUUUCAAACCUCAUUCUGUGACAGUAGAAUAGAUAGGACCAGCCUUAGCCCACGGCUAUCCUCUCCUAUAUAGUUCUGCUUCAGAGCUGAGCUGCCACUUAGUAAGUUAUCAGUGAUGUACACAGGAUUCUCCCCUUCUAUAGAAUUAGAGUAAGUUCUAAUUCUAUGGUUAAUUCAAUCCCUACUCAAUGGUAUAAACUCCGGAAUAGAACACUGAAAAUAACCAGUUCUAAGAAGUCACUUUGAAAAGGAAAGACCUUGACUCAGAUUAGACUUCUGACUGUUGAAAGCCAAAUAGCUCCAAGUUAGUUUCCAGUGAUUGGGAGCCAAAAAGGGCAGCUGGGUGUUUGUAGUGUGUUUUCUAGUAUAUUUAUACUUGUCUGAAACCUCAUAGCUGUCCUGUAUCACACACACACCCAUCAUCAAUUUAAUCUUCCCGUUUAUGCUUUCCUUUUAUAAUCAGAUUUAGGGCUGUUUAUAAAUAAACAGUACACGACUCACCACUGACCCAGAAUGCUUUGCUUAUAAAGGCCUUUUCGCGGCUCCCUUUGUGGUCCCCUCAUCGUUUGUGUGUGUGUGGUGUCUCGUCUUUCUCUCAUUCUUGUCUAAGCCGAGGCCUAACCCCUCUGAGAAUAGCGGGUCAGGCCUGGGGCCAUGUUGAGUUCUCAGCCCAGGGAGGGGUUAAGAUGCCUGGGCUUAGGAGGGGAUGACAGCCCCCUGGCUCUGGAUGUUCUUGUCUGAUUUACCAGGUUGGAAGGGAAAUCUCCCUCCUUCAUCUCCAGACUUCUGCCAAGUCCCACCCGCAUUAGU